AUGCUCAGCAAUAAGAAACGCGUCGGACAAACAAAUUCAAUUACAUCAUGGGUUAAACGUGUAAAAACUGAUUCUAAUGAAUCGUCAGAAACAGAAAAUACAUCAAUCCUUGCCGGUGAUUUACCGAUAUUGAAAUCUGCUGAUGUAAAAGUUACAUGUACCUCAAUGUCCUCAACUAUUACUUCUUGUGCCAUACGUGACACAACGCUUAGUACCGAUAUAGGAAAUUUCUUACCGGGAACAUGUCCGUCUGAUAUAAUUAAAGCAAAUAUUCACACAAAAAAAGGCAAACAAGAAAAACGUUUUCUUAAACGAACACAUUUUGAACAAUUUAAUUGGCUUCAUUAUUCAACUGCAAAAGGAGGUUUAUUUUGUAAGUACUGUGUUUUAUUUGCCGACAAGGGCGGUAAAGAUAAAAAUGUGACAUUAAACAAAUUUGUGAACUUUCCAUUAAAUAAAUAUGCCAAAAUAUUAGGUGUAGAUGGAGAUUUUCAAUCACAUAGUAGGCAUUUAUACCACAAAAAUGCAAUGCAAGUACCUAUUGAUUUCUUAGACCGUUACAAAAAUCCUCAAAAAGAAAUAAUUAACUUAAUGAGUACACAACGAAUGCAACAAAUAACUGAAAAUCGCGAGAGGCUCAGACCAAUUAUUGAGUGUAUUAUAUUUUUGGGACGCCAAAAUUUAGCAUUUAGAGGACACCGCGAUCAAGGUAAAUUAAAUACAAAUAUUGAUUUAUUGCCAACCAAUGAAAGUAAUUUUAGGCAAUUACUAAAAUUCAUAAUAGCUUCUGGAGAUAAAGUAUUAGAAAAACAUUUACAAACAACUAGUGCUAAAGCUACUUAUAUUUCUCACACUACACAGGAACAGUUAAUUGAGUGUUGUAAAGAAGAAAUAUUGUCACAUAUUUUAAAUAAUGUUAAGGAAUCUUGCUACUACAGUAUUAUAUUUGACGAAACAACUGAUAUUUCUCAUAUUUCACAAUUAAGUUUGUCUUUGAGAUGUGUUGAUAAAGUUAAUAAUGUUCAUGAACAGUUUAUUGGUUUUAUAAAUUGUCAUGACUAUGUUUAUGAUAAACUUACUGAAAAUAAUGUAGAACCAAAAUUAACCGGAAUUGUUCUGGGAAAUGCUGUUGUAUCAAUCAUGAAAGACAUGUCGUUAGACUUAAAUAACUGUGUAGGGAUUGGAACCGAUGGGUGCUCAGUCAUGACAUCUGUAACACGUGGAGCAGUUGCUGAAAUUCAGAAAACCUGUCCCAAUGCUGUUUACAGUCCAUGUUCAAACCAUGCAUUGAACUUGAGCAUCUCAAAGUCAUCUAAUGUGCAGUUAGUUAGAAACUCUAUGGGCAUCAUAAAAGAAGUAUUAUCUUUUUUUAAUACAUCUUCCAAAAGAAGUUUUGUUUUAAAAAAUUGUCUUAAAGGCUCUAAACGUUCUAUUACUGGAUUAUGUGAAACACGAUGGGUCGAACGCCAUGAGUGUAUUUUUGAAUUUCAAUUGUGCUUAUCAGAAAUAAUUGACAGUUUGACUUAUAUAUCUGAAUGA